UCUCUCUCUCUCACCCUCCCCUUUCUUUCUCCUCUCUUUCCUCCUUCACCUCCUCCUCCUCCUCCUCUCUCUCCAUCACAGCUCCCGGCCCAGCCAUGUUCGGCACAGAGUCCUCAUUAAGCAUGUUUCUCAACACCCUGACACCCAAGUUUUACGUGGCUCUGACGGGCACUUCCUCCCUCAUAUCAGGACUCAUAUUGAUAUUUGAGUGGUGGUAUUUCAGGAAAUAUGGGACCUCCUUCAUAGAGCAGGUGUCUGUGAGCCACCUGCGCCCCCUGCUGGGCGGAGUGGACAGCAGCUCCCCCAGCAACUCCAACACCAGUAAUGGAGAGGCCGAUUCCAAUCGACAAAGUGUUUCUGAAUGUAAAGUAUGGAGAAAUCCGCUGAAUUUAUUUCGUGGAGCCGAAUAUAAUCGAUAUACGUGGGUAACAGGUCGAGAGCCGCUGACAUACUAUGAUAUGAACCUGUCGGCGCAAGACCAUCAGACCUUCUUUACUUGUGACUCAGACCACCUCCGGCCUGCUGAUGCCAUUAUGCAGAAGGCAUGGAGAGAGAGAAACCCACAGGCUCGGAUCUCUGCAGCACAUGAAGCUCUGGAGCUCGAAGAUUGCGCGACAGCUUACAUCCUGUUAGCGGAGGAAGAAGCUACAACCAUCAUGGAGGCUGAACGUUUGUUUAAACAGGCACUAAAAGCUGGAGAGGGCUGCUAUCGGCGCAGCCAACAGCUCCAACAUCACGGCACACAGUAUGAAGCCCAGCACAGUGAGUUGUGUGUUUUCCAGUUAAUGAAGGAGUUCCCUCUCCUCAGUAUGUUCAACAUCCAUGAGAACCUGCUGGAGUCGCUACUAGAGCUCCAGAACUACGCCGACGUCCAGGCCGUAUUGGCCAAGUACGACGAUAUUAGCUUACCCAAAUCUGCAACAAUAUGCUACACAGCAGCCUUGCUCAAAGCCAGGGCGGUAUCGGACAAAUUUUCUCCAGAGGCAGCAUCCAGGCGAGGGCUAAGCACAGCAGAGAUGAACGCAGUAGAAGCCAUCCACAGAGCGGUGGAGUUCAACCCUCACGUCCCCAAAUAUCUGCUGGAGAUGAAGAGUCUGAUUCUUCCUCCAGAACACAUCCUGAAGAGAGGGGACAGCGAGGCCAUUGCCUACGCCUUCUUCCACCUGCAGCACUGGAAAAGGGUAGAGGGGGCGCUCAACCUGCUGCACUGCACCUGGGAGGGCACGUUCAGAAUGAUCCCAUAUCCUCUGGAGAAGGGUCACCUGUUCUACCCCUACCCCAUCUGCACAGAGACGGCCGACAGAGAGCUGUUACCCAUGUUUCACGAGGUGUCAGUCUACCCUAAGAAGGAGCUGCCCUUCUUCAUCCUCUUCACAGCCGGUCUCUGCUCCUUCACUGCCAUGCUGGCUCUGCUCACACACCAGUUCCCUGAACUCAUGGGAGUGUUUGCUAAAGCUUUCCUCAGCACGCUGUUUGCUCCUCUGAACUUCAUCAUGGAGAAGGUGGAGAGCAUCCUGCCGUCCAGCCUCUGGCACCAACUCACCCGCAUCUGACCCAGACCGACCGGACCGGACCAGAAUCAGACCCAGGACCAGGAGCUGAUCUCCAUCCAGACAGAAACAGCUGAACUGAAACCCAGAACGCUGCGUUGGGCUGGACUGACGCACCUUUGUGCCAAGAUUAGCGAGUUCAAACCAAACUGAGGACGACGAGGAGAGGAGGCAUGAAACAAAAAAGGCAAAACAAUGGAAUCCAGAAUUGGUUUUGACUUUAUUUGAUAUGUUCGCAUUUUUUGGGGGUUUUCAAUCAUUUAAAGCUGUUCUUUUGUUGUACAAAAAGAGGUGAUCAAUUGCCAUCAUUAAAAAAAAAAAGUGAAAAGACAAAAAAAUACAAUAAAGGACUUUUUGUGUAUUGCUGCAAGCCGGCUUCUUCCCGCCAUUUUGAUUCCCCGCUGUGUUUUAACGGCUGUAACGCUGCAGCUUAACGGCCUCGGUCCAGAGUGAAGUCUGAGUACAGCCGACAGCAUCCGGCGUGCUGCUCAGUUAAAAGUACAAAACGCAACCUGGCAGAAGAAGAGUUUGACCUGGAUCCACCAGGCGCUGGUCUCGGAAAUGAUGCUGAGCGAAGCGGUGAUCUUAGCUUUGGAUUCAAAACUUGCAUUUUGUAUUUCAGACACAAACCUGCAAUAUAUUUUUAAGGACCAGUGGUUUUAGACUUAUAAAACAAUUUAUAUUAUUCCAUCCAACACAUGUAUACUUCUUAUCAAAGAAUAACUUUGGAAAACAAGCUUUGUUUUAGAAACUUGAAGAGAAGUUUUUCUACUGUUCCAUUUCUGUAUGACGGCCGUGUAAUCGAUGAGUGAACAUACAGUCUGGAAAGGUAUCAGUCUAUCUGAUCUCAAACUGCAUUCACAAGGAACAAUAAUGUCAUUUUAACAAACAUGAAUGGAGACUCGAUGGAGAAGGUUACAAAACUCAAACGUGUUUCGACAGCUUGCUAAGCUAAGUGAUUUUAAUGCCACGCAGAAAUGAACAGAAAACAAUGUUGGACACAUGCAUCCAAAAAUCUAAAAGUGUGCGGAAUGCAUUUGGAAAAAUGACCAGCAAGUAUACAUCAUUUGUAGGUAAAGAGCUAAAACUUGAAAACACAUUUUAAAGAGGUCUUAACACUUUCUCACCAAUUUAAUGGCUGAAAUCCAAAAAAAUUAACCCCAAACGUGUAAUCAGAUGUUUGGUGUUUCUGUUGCUUUUUGCCCUGUUGGACAUCCGUUACACCAAUGUGGCCACGUUUCCCAAUCUCAGCCGUCGAUUGGUGAGCACGAGGCCUGUGAUUGGCUAGCACGGCCGGAAAUGUGUUAACUGUUUUAAAAUGUGCAGUCUGCCUAUUGGUUACAGAUUGUUUCCAUACACUGUACAUCUGAUCUGAAUUUACACAACCACAUAUUUACAUGUACAAAACAAACAAAGACCUGGCCGGUUUAAGUGUGUGUGUGUGAAAAGCCAAUUUUUUUCGACCCUUACAGAGAGCGUUGGAACAAGCGGGUCGUCUGUUAAGCUAAACAAAUGUAAUGCUUUUGUUUAAAUAUGGAUGCAGUGUGUAAUGUACCGAGUCAUCCAUUCUGAGGAGAGGUACAGGUAACCAGUUAGUUACAGACUGGUGUCGGUAAUCUUUUCUGCCAGGACACGCUUCAGACAUCUUUUACACACUGGAGGGUAAAUAAAUACAGUGAAAUAA